AUCAAUGUAGCUUUUUCACAAAUCUUGCAUGUAGAAAAGCUGAGCGUUUUUAUUCCAACAUAUCAUUGCUGCUUUAUUAAUCCUGGAUGUAUGAAAAGCUGAGCUUUUUCGAUUCCAACAUAUUGCUGCUUCAUUAAUACUAGAUGUAUGAAAAGCUGAAGUUUAUUUGGUAUCCCAAAUUAUACUUAUUACUGCUUUAUCACAUCUGCUAGUAUGAAAAGCUAAGCUUUUCACCAAUACAAAUGCUACAUAUCCGAGUACAGUAAUCCCUUAACAUUCGCGGGUUUGACAUUUGCGGUUUUCACUAUUCGCGUAUGAAAAAAUGAGGUAAGAUUUAACAUUCACGGAAGGUCGGACUUGUGCAUUCGCGGAAAAAUAACACUUGAGUAAACAAAAAAAUUCUGACAGACAACAAUAUUCUUUGAAGAUGCCGAAUCGUUCAUUUCAAAAGCAGAAACAACAGCUCCAGGAUUUAAGGCGGCCAAAGAUCGUAUCAGCUUAUUACUUUGUGCAAUGCAUCUGGUGAUUGCAAGCUAAAGGCGACAUUGAUCUACAGAUCCCAAAACCCAAGAGCCCUUAAGGGAAAAAGUAAAGAUGAGCUCCCAGUUUUUUGGAGAUCAAACACCAAAGCAUGGGUGACUAGUGCCUUAUUCCAAGAAUGGUUUCAUUUCUCUUUCAUCAACGAAAUAAAAAAAUAUCUAGCUCUGCUUCUAAUUGACAACGCUCCUGGUCAUCCUUCAAGUUUAAUAGGAAGUCAUCCAAAUGUGGAAGUUAUUUUUUUGCCCCCAAAUACGACUUCGUUGAUAUAACCUCUGGACCAAGGGGUUAUAGCAGCUUUCAAGGCAUAUUAUACCAAACACAGUUUUAAGCGAAUUUUAAAUUCCAUUGAGUGUAAUGCCGAAGAAACUGUGUCUAACUCAUGGAAGAAAUUUAACAUUGCGAAUUGCAUUGAAUACAUACAUGCUUCUUGGCAGGAAAUGAAGCCAAGUACAAUCAACGCUUGUUGGAGAAAGAUAUGGCCUCAAGUGGUUAAAAAAGAUAACGCUUUUCCACCACUUCAAGAUGAGGAGAAAGAAAUCGUCCGCAUAGCGCACCAGAUUGGAGGAGAAGGAUUUGAUGAUAUGAGAGCAGACGAAAUUGAUGAAUUGCUUAAUUCUCAUGAAAAAGAGUUAUCGGAUGAAGACCUGAUGCUGCAAAAAGAAGAGGACUCUAAGGAAUGUGAAGAAGUUGAAAGUGAAGAUGAGAGUCGGGGUGGUGAAAAGAGCCCAAGUUUUUCUGCAAAACAGAUCAGAGAAAUUCUAACGAUAAGGGACCAACUUGUUCAAAAGACAAUGGAUUUGGACCCAUCAUUGAAUCGAAGUUUACAAUUUAAAAGGGAUGUCGAGGCCGCUUCCAUUCCUUAUGUGGAAAUGCUGAAAGAACUGAAUUUUUGUGCGAAAAAGCGAACUAUUAGUAGCUAUUUUCUUCCAUCCACGUCUAAAAAUACAAGUUAAACAUUUAAUUUUUAAUGUACAUAGAUAAGGAAAUGUUUUUGUACAAAUGUAUUUCAAAUAAAUUCUUUUGAUUUAAAACUUAUCACAAUUUUUUCAGUCAUGGAACGUAACCCUCCUUAUAACAUAGGAAAAUAGACUCAACAUUCGCGGAUUUAACAUUCACGGUAAUUUUUAGGAACCAAACCCCCGCGAAUGUUAAGGGAUUACUGUACCUUUCUCUCCAACCUUACAUAUUGUAGCAUCUUUGUAAGUGACUACCUUUUGAAACCUGCAUUUAUAAAAAGCUGAGCUUUUUUUGAUAUCCUAAAUUUUACAUGCCAUUGCUGCUUAUCACACAUCCUGCAUGUAUGACAAACUGAGCUUUUUUUGAUAUCCUAAAUUUUACAUAUCAUUGUUGCUUAUCACACCUCCUGGAUUUAUGAAAAGCUUAGCUUUUUGGAUAUCUCAAAUGUUACAUAUCAUUGCUUCUUUAUCACACAUCCUGUAUGUAUGAAAAGCUGAGCUUUUUUGAUAUCCCAACCUUUAAAUAACAUUGCUGCUUUAUCACACAUCCUACAAGUAUAAAAAUUGAGCUUUUUUGAUAUCCCAAAUUUUAAAUAACAUUGCUGCUUUAUCACAAAUCCAACAUUUCAUUACAGCUUUUUCACAAAUCUUGCAUGUCAGUGGUUUUUUUUUCUUUUUCUCUUAAAUCCUGAAUGUACAGACUUCCAAAUUUUGCAAAUCCAUACAAUUUUGUAAGAACUAUGUUUAUUACAAAACCUACUUUGUGAAAUGCUGAGCUUUUUCGCAAUCACAAAUCCAGCAUAUCAUCCAUGCAGCUUUCUCACUAAUCCUACAUGAAUGAAAAGCUGUGCUUUCCCGCUACAACAAAUCUUGGAUAUAUAUGUAGCUUUCUCACAAAUCUUGAAAUUCAAUAUAGCUUUUUUAACAACUAUGUAUAUCACAAAUCUUGCUUAUUGGUGAAGCUUUUUUCAGAACUAUUUGUUCUAAACUAAUAAAAAAUGUAUUUUCUUUGCAACAACUUCUCUACCCUUCCUGCAUGAUUGAUUAUUCUCAGGCAUAUUUCAAAAUGUUUUACCAUUAGUUGCAC